AUGAUGGCAAGCAUCACUGAGCAGCUUAUGCCCAUGAUCACCGCACUCAUUCAGAAAGCUGUGCAGGAAGCCAUUGCAAAUGCCAUGGGAGGUGCCCCGGCAACUCCCCCCCGUGUUGUGCUGCAGGAGCCGGACCAGGAGCGCGGGCCCAAACGCCACAAGCCUGACCCUACAAGCGAAAAAACCACGAUUCGAGCCGCCAUCCCACUUAUCAUCGUGAGCCGGGCAAGGGCAAAGCAUCUGGUGGCAGAGGUGGUUCAGCGUGCUCCCCCGCAGGGCCCCUUCCAGCUCCGAUCGCAGGAUUGGAGCGCGCAGCUUUUGUCGCAGAAUGGAAUUGCCAAAGCAUUGGACGACCUUAAGCCGGGUUCUACUCUGGAAGCUGUCAUUCUUGUCGAGCCCUCGGCGCUGCCGAGAAUUCGGACCAUGCUUGCUGGCGCCAGAAAAUCUCAUAAAAUCACCCUUGUAACCUUGGACGCGGAUGGUCCUCACAAGCUCCCGGGAAGUGUGGGUGAUCUCCUACGUUUUCGACGAGCCUCAAUUGCACAUUGCAAAUCUGUCCCUGCUGAUGGUGGUGUCCCUUGCUUUGCGGGGCACAAGGCCAAGGCCAUUAAAGUUGUUCCUACGUCCACUUCGGUCGUCUACUUUAAGGUGCCUGAGAUGUACAUGACGCCUGAUAAAUUCAAGCAUUGGAAGAACAACCCGAGUCGUGCUGCUUCUUCUUGGGCUAGCUCUCACCAAAUCACUUUGAGUGACACGUGGGGUUGGAUCGAGGAGCAGCAGGCUGGUAAGCAAGGCCUGCAACUGUUUGGCAUUGCUCGCCUCCUGGACACUGAGUUGUCUUCUCUCGUUGCUGUCAGUGGCCGGGAUGGGGUUUUUGUUGAUGUGCCGCGCGGCAAGCUUGUCUCCACUGUGCAGUGGCUUGCUGCUACCAAGGGCGAAGCUCCGAUUGCGUAUCUUGAACGCGGCCUCCGCAUGAGUGCUCCUUACGGUCUUGCCACCCAGGGCGGACGCAUUGGCGCCAGAUCGCCUAGAGAUCCUUCACAGGCUGUCCCGCGUGUCUGGAAUUUCCCUCAUGUGCCGGCUAGCUGGGGACAGAAGGAAGUGCUGCAGGUGUUGGACCAAUCCUUCAAGGAUGUGGCUUUGAUUCAGCAUAAGCGCACUGGCACUGAGUACUUGUAUCGCUUCAGAGCUACGCUUAAGCACGGCGAUCUUGAUCUGGUUCCUUUGAGUGCCAUCGUCGAGAGCGAGCCGGGAAAGGACCAUGAAAUCACGCUGUGGGCUACGGUUGCACCCUACAAGCCUAAGCAAGCUAAGCAGCGACCUUUGCGAUGUGCGCCGACUCCCUGCCUUGCCAAGGAGAAGCCUGCGCUGGAGCCCCAAUCCGUUAGACUUCAGGUUCCCGCUGAACUUGAUGCUGAAGGUAAGGAGGUGUCCCCUGCCAAGCAUGUUGCGGCUUCGCAUCGUCAAAUCCCCUCGGGGUGUGAUCUCAUUGAGACUCCGAAAGACGGAGCCUGCCUUUUUCAUGCAAUUGCGCGCGGCCUCCACUGGCUUUCGGGCCCUAAGAAGACCGAGCAUUCCCACAGGGACCUGAGGGCGCGCUGCGUCGAGCAUUUGCGAAAAUAUGCCUCGCAGUAUUUAGGUGAGUGGGACGGCCAUGGGCCGGAGUUACAAAAAUUGCGGGAAAAUGCUGAAUCUCCGGAGGUGGCCUUUGAGGAAUACCUCAAGUUAAUCGCUUCGGAAUCUGCAUAUGCCUCUACCAUCGAGAUGAAGGCUCUCGGCCGCUUGUUUGACUGUCACAUCCUUGUUAUCCCGCGCGAUGGGAAUUUUAGUGCGAUGUCGUUUCAUGCGCAGCAGCGUAAAAGGAAGCUGGUGUUGUGGUAUACGCCUCGACAUAUCGAGCUUCUUUUACCUGCUAAGGAUGCUAAAGAAUACCCCGAGGAGGUUUUUUCCGUUACGAGCGGUGCUGUCGUGGACUUGCGGGCUGGAGGUGAUGAUGCUUCCCAGUGCUCUGGUACUGUUUGGACUCGUAGCGCCCGAUCCAACCGGCCGCUUCACAAUCCCGGCGUGAUGCUUCAGUUCCGAGUUCGCAAAGGGAUGAUUGCAUUGCUGGCCAUCGGUCUGGUCCAAGUUGUCUUAAGCGCGCUCGCGGUGCUGCUGCGACGGUAUGGUCCCGAGCCGUCUCUUCUGACGCUUCCGUGCAUUCUCAAAUGCCUGCUGGAGUGGGACGAUGAUGAUGCCCCGCACCCUGAGCGUUUGCAUCAUGCCAACCGGGCCCUGCCUCAGUCUGCCCUUGUUAUGGCCCGUCGUAACCGCGGCCGAGCUUUCCCUGAUGGAGUUGCCAAAUGCAGGCUUUGUCCCUUCCGCCGCAAGUGUGCUGAUCCUGUGAAGGCGUAUGCGGCCUAUCAGCGGCACUUUUUGGAUUCGCAUCCGGGGGAGAAGCUUGGACUCGCUCCUGCUCGCAAGGCUUCCUGUGUUCGUAACCUCGCUGAUGGCGAGGAGGCGUACUGGAGAUGCAAACGGUGCCAGGCAGGCAUCUCGACUGCUGAUGCGGCCUGCUUUGGCAAGGACUCCCUGUGGCGAUUUCGCCGGGAGCAUAAAACAAAGGCCCAUCCGCGUGGGCCCCCAGCUAUUCGGUCCCCGGACCACAUGAACGGUGCACAUGUGUCCCUGGAGCAGCCCACUAACGCCAUGUCUUGGCUGGAGCCUUUCGUGCAGGAUAUGCUUUCUGAGAUACAAGCUUCACUUGUCAAUAUCCCGGCGUGUUCAGUGGGUACAUGCUCACAUUCAGAAGGUCACCAGUCGGUUGCAGGUACCCGGGAUGAGCACGGCAACUUCCUGUCUCAGAGGACGGCAGAAUACCCGCCCACGCUUGCGGUUAGCUUUGCAGACAGGGCAGUGAGCCUCUUUUCUUCGGCCAGACCAUCCUACCCGGUGUCUCCCUGCUCUUUGCAGUUCGCGCUUGCAUCUAUUCCCAAAAAGCCACGCUCCGCUACGCCUACUGCUGCACAGGAUGGGGGAGGCAUCUACUCCCUGCCGGACUGGUCUCUUGGCCCAAGGUACCAAUCUGACAGCUUACACGACCUGCGGAAGGAGUGGCAAUCUUGGCUGCUAGAAAAGAGAAUUCCUCUUCGUCUCCAGCAACAUGUCGCUGAAGCCAGCAACAGCCCCCUUUUCUCUGAGGAAGAAACUGAGUGGCUGAGGUCGUCUUUCAAGCGCUUUUCAGACUCCCAUUCUCCCUGCCAGGACUGGGACUUCUCAGUGAAGGAGGGCCAGCCAUAUUGCUUGUCUGCGUUGGAGCGCUUAAGCAAUAUGUUAGGCGACAAGGACACGUCUCUAUUCCCCGCUUUGCAAAAAGGGGUUCCCACUGGCUUUGACGGUGACAUCCCACGCAGCCACACCCUGCGGCCUCGCGCCUCAGACAACGUGGACGAUACCACCGACCUGCUUGUCUGUGAAGGCAAUUGGCAGGGGGCUGAAGCUGAUCCGGCACUGCUUCAGGAGUUGAUCGAGGAGGAAGUUUCCUCCGGCUACAUAGAGGAAGUGCCCAGCUUGGAAGCGGCUUAUGAGCGCUGGGGUCGAGAACGCGUAGCAGUUGGCCGAGUCAAUAUCGUCAAGGCUCCAGGUCGCGCUCCCCGCUUGCUGAUAGACAAUAGCAUUUGCAACACGAACCAGAACUGCCACGUCCCCGAACAGUUCUCACUUCCCAGCCUUCAGGACGAGGAGCCAGUUUCUGGGUUCAGCUUAGAUGUGAAAGGGGCGCACAAAACGUCGCUUGUGCGCGAGCAAGACAGGGGCCUGCUUGGACUUAGACAGCAAGAGUGGAAGAGUGUCUACGGCAUCGUCUUGUUAGCCGCAAACAGCUUGACGAACUCCUUGGUCUGCUUCAGUGGAUUUUGCAUGGGCUUCCGGCUUUACGCCCCUGGCCCCUGGCUAUGUACUCUUUACGAUGACAUGCAUCGACCGCUUGGGACUAAUGUCAGCAUCAGCCCAUGCAUUUGGCCAGGCAUCCACGCCUACCUGGACGACAAGCUUCGCUUCACAGGGAGCCCUCCGGGCACCAGCAUCUCGCCAGGCUCCACCUUGCUUUCCGCUCGGCACAAAGCUUUGCAUAGUAAAGAAGACCUGGCUUUAGUUCCUGUAAGCACGAAGCGCAUGUGGCUUCGUAUCACGGAUCCCACUUCUUCCAAGAGGCGCUUGUCUGAGUCCAGCAGAGAAACACUUGCUUUCUUUGCCCACUUGAGCUCCAGGGAAUGGCGGCCAAGGCCGCUACGACCACCACCUGCCAGUUCGGUGGAGUCGGCCGCAGAUGCUUUCGGCAAAGGCAAUGAUUGCGGCGUUGGAGGAUGGCUCCUCCUCCCAUGUGGACGCUUGCUUUGGUUUGCUCACCGCUACACUGUCAACGACUUUCUGGACUUAGGUCUGCCAAUGCAACCUGAUGCCAACUUGGACAUCUCCAGCUACGAGACACUGGCACAGUGCUUUGUACUUCUUGCCUUUUGGAAAGCCCAUGGCUCAGGUCGCUUGGCUCUGACAUUACCAGCUUUGAGCGAUAAUAGUGGUGCUGAAUCAGUGUGUAACAAGCUUUAA